UUGAAAUGAGGCUGGAUGAACUUCCUGUCGCGGCCCCCGCUGCUUGUCGCUGGAGGAGUGGAGCCCCGUCAGAGGAGCAGGGAGAGCGUGGUGAGGAAUCCCAGCAGCCCCCCCUGGAGAGCGAGAGCCGGACCGGCUGGACCCCCUCCCCCCCUACCCCUGGAGGAGGACCCGAGAGAGACCCACGUUGCCACGGGAGAGGCCUCGGUUCAGGGCUGAAGGAUGUUUACCACGGUGAAGGCCUUUGAGGGGCAGCAGUACUCCACCCUGAAGAGGCAGUGCCUGCAGAGUGGCCUCCUGUUUGAAGACCCCCGCUUCCCCGCCACCGACGACUCCCUCUUCUACCAGGGCAACAGGAUCGGACGCGUCGUCUGGAAGAGGCCGCGGGAGCUGUGUGAAGACCCUCACCUGUUUGUAGAUGGCAUCAGUGCACAUGAUCUGCAUCAGGGACAACUGGGCAACUGCUGGUUUGUUGCAGCUUGUUCCAGCCUGGCAUCCAGAGAGUCUCUGUGGCAAAAAGUCAUCCCAGACUGGAAGGAGCAGGAGUGGGAUACAGAAAAGCCGGACUCGUACGCGGGGAUUUUCCACUUCCGCUUCUGGCGCUUCGGUGACUGGGUGGACGUAGUGAUCGACGACCGGUUGCCGACGGUGGACAACCAGCUGGUCUACUGCCACUCCAACGACAGCAACGAGUUCUGGAGCGCCAUGGUGGAGAAGGCCUACGCCAAGGUUUACGGCUGCUACGAGGCUUUGGACGGGGGGAACACGGCAGACGCCCUGGUGGAUUUCACGGGCGGCGUUUCGGAGCCCGUGGACCUCCUGGAGGGUCAGAUGGCGACGGAUGAAGUGGCCCGUAACCAGCUGUUUGAGAGGGUCCUCAAAGUCCACAACAGAGACGGCCUCAUCAGCUGCUCCAUCAGGGCGACCACAGUGGAGGACAUGGAGGCACGCCUGGACUGUGGUCUGGUCAAAGGCCACGCUUAUGCCGUGACGGAUGUUCGGAAGGUGCGGCUCGGUCACGGGCUGCUGGCUUUCUUCAAGUCGGAGAAGCUGCACAUGAUCCGAAUGAGGAACCCUUGGGGAGAGAAGGAGUGGAGCGGCCCCUGGAGCGACAGUUCUGAGGAGUGGAACAAGGUGAGCAAGAGUGAGAGAGAAAAGCUGGGCGUCACCGUGCAGGAUGACGGCGAAUUCUGGAUGAACUUCGACGACUUCUGCCAGUACUUCACCGACCUGAUCCUCUGCCGCCUCAUCAACACCUCCUACCUGAGCAUCCACAAGACCUGGGAGGAGGAGGUGAUGAGGGGCUCCUGGACCCACCGCCAGGAUCCCCUUCGCAACCGAUCCGGAGGCUGCAUCAAUCACAAAACCACCUUCCUGCAGAACCCUCAGUAUGUAUUUGAUGUGAAGAAGGUGGAGGAUGAGGUGCUGAUCUGCCUCCAGCAAAAAGAGAAGCGAGCCACGCCCAAAGAAGGCAAAGGAGAGAACCUUGCUAUAGGCUUCGACAUUCACCGGGUGGAGCUAAAUCGGAAGUACCGUAUGCACACAGCCCAGCAGAAAGUAGCAGGCUCCAUCUACAUCAACUCGCGCUGCGUCUUCCUCAGGAAGGAGCUGAAGGAAGGUCGAUACGUCAUCAUCCCCACAACCUUUGACCCCGGGCAGCAGGGAGAGUUUCUGCUCCGGGUCUUCACUGAUGUGCCUUCAGACUGCAAAGAGCUGACUCUGGACGAGCCUCCUCAGACUUGUUGGACAGGGAUGUGUGGCUACCCUCAGCUGGUCACUCAGGUUCAUGUGGUGAGCGCUGACGGACUGCAGGGACAGGACACCAACGGAGCCGUGGAUUCCUAUGUGAUAAUCACCUGUGAAGGAGAGAGGGUUCGUUCCCCGGUUCAGAAAGACUCACGUUGCCCAAACUUCGACAUUAAAGGCCUGUUUUACCGCAAAAAGCCCAAGGAAGCCAUCCACAUCGAGAUCUACAACAAGAACAUGAUCAUGGACACCUUCCUGGGACAGGUGAUCCUGUUCAGCGAGCCCAACGAGCGGCAGGAGCAGCACACGCUUCACCUCCGCGACAAAGGCAGCCGGCAGGACAACGACAUCCCGGGCACGCUCACUGUGCGCCUCUUCACCUCCACCACGCUCAACAACAUUUGACGAGCUCGUUAACGCCAUGGGGAUCUUGGGACAUUCACCGAUCUUUCUGAGCUCACUGUGUCCUUCUUCUUUUUUUUGGCUCACUUUCUU